AUGUUUUCAAGUAAAGACAUUGCGAUGAUGACUCUGGUUUGGGUAACACUCGUUUUUCUUCUUCACCAAGGAGAUAUGCUGGAGCAAGUGGCCACAGUUCAACUUGGUGAACCUGUAACUUUGACAUGUGUUUUACCUCCUGGUGAUUUAAGCAGUAAAAUUCACUGGUACAAGCAGAGAGCAGGGGAAACUCUGAAAACACCUGACUUUGCGCCUGAGUUUAAUAACUCCAGAUUGAAGGUAAAUCAUAAUAAACACUUUACCAACCUGACCAUUUUGAAGACAAAUCAAGAGGACGAGGGAAUUUAUCACUGUGGAUUCACAGAGUGGCGUAAGAAUACUGAAUGGACCGGGACGUAUUUGUUAGUAAAAGGAAACACCCAGAGAACAAACUACACUUUUGUUAAGGAGAAAGUCCAUCCAGGAGACUCUGUGACUCUUCAGUGUUCAGUCCUCUCCAGCUCUAACAGAAAGACAUGUCCAGGAGGUCACAAUGUGUUCUGGUUCAGGGAAGCAAAUACAUCUCAUCCUGGCAUCAUAUACACCGCUGGAAACAGACAUCAUGAAUGUGACAAAAGAUCUGAGACUGGGCAGAGUUGUGUUUAUCGCUUGUCUAAGAACAUCAGCUCCUCUGAUUCUGGGACUUACUACUGUGCUGUGGCCACAUGUGGAGAAAUAUUAUUUGGAAAUGCAACUAAACAACAAAUGGAGCAAGCAGCAGGUUUGGAAUUCAUAGCUCUGAUGAUAGCAAUAAUCUGCUUGAUAAUUUCUGUGAUUCUCAAUAUUAUUUUCAUCUGCUGCCGAACUCCAAGAGCAGCAUGUAAACAAUUUCAAAAAAAAAGCUCUUCACAGGAAAGACAAGAUGACUUGAGGCAAACAGUGGACAGUAGUCCUGAGGGUGAAUAUGAUCUGAACUACGCUGCACUGCAUUUCUCUGGAAGCAAAGCUACAAGAGGAAAGAAGAGGAAGAAUGAACUGGAAACUGAAGAAAGUGUUUAUUCUCAAGUUAAAUGCAGAAUGUGAAAGUGUGUAUGAAAAACUGUGGGUUGACUUUGAGUACCAAUGUCAUUCACUGAAAAUAAACUAAUAAAGAACUUGUUUUUAAUUUUACUGAAAACAUGAUGUAUCAGGUUGUUCUUUAUAUAUUCUGUUACCCCAUUCUU